UGGCAAUUGCUUCAACCAAGCAAGUCUCAUCCAUCCGAAAAGCCGAACCGGGACGGCUCGAACAAGCACAUUGAGGGUCUGAGCGCAAGGUGCCUUAAUCUGUAUCCUUCACUUCCCAGCACGGUACCUACCUACAUAUUUUGGGGAAGUUCAAGAGAUAUCGGUCCUCUUGUACUACACACAACGCAGACAUCAUGGGUUCUCAAGAACAGACGACCCUGGCCACCCAGAAUCAGCUCUUCUACGGCACCUUUGUUUACCCCAAGACCCUGACCGACCUCAAAUAUCUCCACAACACGGCCGUUGCCGUUGACCAGAAUGGCACCAUUGUUGCCAUCGAGCGAGACUAUGAUCUCUCGCAGGCCGCCAUCACUCUUUUCCCAUGCCUGGGCUGGGCUCCGGACAGCGUUUCCAUACACUCCUCCUUAGCUUCCCAUAAUCAAUUCUUCUUCCCCGGCUUCAUCGACACUCACCUGCAUGCCCCGCAGUACCCCAAUGUUGGUAUCUUUGGCAAGUCCACUCUCCUCGACUGGCUCGAGACCUACACAUUUCCGCUCGAGGCUUCGCUCUCGGAUCCGGCCAAGGCCCGGACCGUUUACAACCGCGUUAUCCGCAAGACCCUGAGCCACGGCACCACAUGCGCCGCCUACUACGCCACCAAAGACGUCACUACCACCAACUUGCUCGCCGACCUGUGUCUGCGCGCCGGUCAGCGCGCCCUCGUCGGCCGUGUGUGCAUGGAUCAGCUGUCCCCGAAGUACUACCGCGACGCCUCGGCCGCUGAUUCUGUGGCCGCCACCCGCGAAUCGAUCACCUACAUCCAGUCCAUCGAUCCGACCGGCGCCAUCGUCCGCCCCGUGAUCACCCCGCGCUUCGCGCCUUCGUGCUCGGCGCCCCUGAUGGCCGAACUAGGCAAGCUAGCGGCCGAAACGGGCCUCCCUGUUCAAACGCACAUCUCGGAGAACGAAGGCGAAAUUGCGCUGGUGAAGGAAAUGUUCCCUGCCAAGAAGAUCGGAGCGAAAGGGGACACCUACACGCACGUGUACGACACCUUUGGCCUGCUGACGGACAAGACCAUCCUGGCGCACGGCGUGCACCUAUCGGAAGAGGAGGUGCAAAUCAUCAAGGCAAGGGGAAGCAAGGUCAGUCACUGCCCGUGCAGCAACAGCGCCCUUACGAGCGGCGCGGCGCGGGUGAGGUGGCUGCUGGAGCGCGGCAUUGAGGUCGGUUUGGGCACGGAUAUGAGCGGCGGGUAUAGCCCAUCAGUGUUGGAGAUGGCGAGGCAGGCUGCGCUAGUCAGCCGGCAUGUGGCUAUGGGGUGUGCGCCGGCGGAGAAGGAGAAUAAGGGUGAGAAGGAGAGUAAGGCGGGGACAGAGGGCAAGACGAAUAAAGACGGUAAUUCGGAGAAGGAGAGCAAGGCCAAUAAGGCGAAUAAGGACGGGAUAGAUAGGGAGAGGGCCAAGCUGACGGUGGAAGAGGUGCUGUAUCUGGCUACAAAAGGAGGAGCGGAACUAGUAGGGAUGAAAGGAAAGGUGGGCGGGUUUGAGGUGGGCAUGGAGUGGGAUGCGCAGUUGAUUGGGCUGGGGAGGGAUGUGGUGGAUGAAGAAUAUGAAGGUGAGGAAAAGGAGGAGGAAGGGAAUGUAGAUGUGUUUGGGUGGGAAAGUUGGCCGAAUAAAGUGGCCAAGUGGUUGUUUAACGGCGACGAUAGGAACACGAGGAAAGUUUGGGUCAAGGGGAGGUUGGUGCAUGAGAGGAAGUAGACUGGGGUAUCGGGUUUUCUUCUUGGAGUCUUCUUAAUUUUUCCAUACAUUGGAUACCAUGGGGAUAGCAUGUAUUUUUUUUGGAUAAAGGUAUGGCAUGAAUCAUGAUUAAAUGAAGUCUAUGAGCUCGAAUGAGCA